AUGGACCAGUACUGCAUUCUGGGCCGCAUCGGGGAGGGCGCCCACGGCAUCGUCUUCAAGGCCAAGCACGUGGAGACUGGGGAGAUAGUUGCCCUCAAGAAAGUGGCCCUGCGGCGGCUGGAGGAUGGCAUUCCCAAACAGGCCCUGCGGGAGAUCAAGGCUCUGCAGGAGAUCGAGGACAGUCCGUAUGUGGUGCAGCUGAAGGCUGUGUUCCCGCAUGGCGCAGGCUUUGUGCUGGCCUUCGAAUUCAUGCUGUCAGAUCUGGCUGAGGUAGUGCGCCAUGCCCAGAGGCCGCUGGCCCAGGCACAGGUCAAAAGCUACUUGCAGAUGCUACUCAAGGGUGUUGCCUUCUGCCACGCAAACAACAUCAUACAUCGGGACCUGAAACCUGCCAAUCUGCUCAUCAGCUCCUCAGGCCAGCUCAAGAUAGCGGACUUCGGCCUGGCCCGAGUCUUUUCCCCAGAUGGCAGCCGCCUCUACACACACCAGGUGGCCACCAGGUGGUACCGAGCCCCCGAACUCCUGUAUGGUGCCCGCCAGUACGACCAGGGUGUCGAUCUGUGGGCCGUGGGCUGCAUCAUGGGGGAGCUGCUGAAUGGGUCCCCCCUUUUCCCGGGCGAGAACGACAUUGAGCAGCUUUGCUGUGUGCUUCGCAUCUUGGGCACCCCCAGCCCUAAAGUCUGGCCGGAGAUCACCGAGCUGCCCGACUACAACAAGAUCUCCUUUAAGGAGCAGGCGCCUGUGCCCUUGGACGAGGUGCUGCCGGACGCCUCUCCUCAGGCCUUGGACCUGCUGGGUCAGUUCCUCCUCUACCCCCCUCGCCAGCGUGUCGCAGCCUCCCAGGCCCUUUUGCAUCAGUACUUCUUCACAGCUCCUCUGCCUGCCCACCCAUCUGAGCUGCCGAUUCCUCAACGCCCAGGGGGACUGGCCCCCAAGGCCCACCCAGGGCCCCCCCAUGUCCAUGACUUCCACGUGGACCGGCCUCUGGAGGAGUCACUGUUGAAUCCGGAGCUGAUUCGGCCCUUUAUUCCGGAGGGGUGAGACACUGGCCUUGGUCCUAUCUGCCUGCCCCUCAGGAUCACCCAAGCCACUUGUUCCUCUGCCACCUGCCUGAUUUAGCCCUCCAAGGCCUCCUCACGGCCACACUGGGCCCACUCCACGCCUCAUCAUGCUCCUUAGCCCUCGUAAGGGCUGGUCUCAAGGAGACAGAAGUCACACUCCCAGCCAAGGUGACGAGGACGCCCAGACCAGCA